CCAGUCACUAUUUUUGCAGCCAACUACUGCACACGUCUUCAAUCCACAUGAUCCAAUCUAGCAUGAUUGGAGCACAGUGUGUUAGCGAAAACUCAGUUGCAUUUCCGACAGCUGAUCGCACAGAAGCAAGGUAGAAGCGGUAAUGGUUUCGUAUUCGUGCGCGGUCGCUGAGGAGAGGUAUGGCGCGCCGCCGUGAGCGCCAUCUCGUUUCUCUAAAACAAACUGCUCCGCGAAAAGGGUCAAUAAGUACAGGCAAAAAGAGCAGACCAGCAGUGACACUUCUUCCCUGUAUGGAGCUCUGAAGAAUGGUCUUUUGAAGUUAACUUUUGCCAAUUUGCCCAUGUCUAUUCAUCUUGCUUGCUAGAAAAAUUCAGCCCAUUAGUAUUUAGCCUAGAACGACAGAAAGCUGAGCUAGUUUGUAAGGAUUCAUAAUGCAAAAAAGGUAAGGCGUGCAGACACGCACACAAGAGAAGUGGAGAACACGAAUGCCGACUAUCAACUGAAGGAAGCACUGAGGCGAAAAAAUAGACACAAAACUCAUCUGCACAUGCUCUGGAAUGGUAGCACCACGAGUUCAUUCGGUUACACAUACCGGUCUACGUGAGAGAUAACUGUUGAGGCAUUUAAUCUCUUCCUUAUGCAAGGUAAUUGAAGGCAGACUCACGCACGCACUUCCACCAUUAUUGAUAUGCCAUGAAUUUAUGGUAUUCUCCUCAUGCAUGCCAUUUAGAGCUGAAAGUUGGGCUAGUUGGUUUUGUAUUAAGUGCAUCAUAAGAAUUUGCAGCAAAAAAAACAUUACGGAAGAAGCAAGUGGACAGAAAGACGCUGGCCUGUCAACUGAUAGUUUGAAGAGGCUGGCCAUUGCAAGCCUAGAAGCAGGGAGCCUGCGUGAGAGGAACAUGGCAGUGCGCCGCCGAAGUGAGCAGCGUCGCAUGGCUCGCAUCAGGAGGCGGCAGCAGGCAUCGAGCAACUCGUGUGAGGUGGAACCAGGUGGUGACGACCAGCAGAAGUGGCAGGAGGUGCGCCCCUUCCUGACUGUGAACGACCACCUCUGUGGCCCCGUGUCUCAUGGCAGCUGUGGGCCCAAGACAGAGGUUGAAUCCCUGGUGGAGGCUGCCAUUGCCGAUGGCGACUUUGACAGGGCAGAGAUGUUGAGCGACCACUUGGCCAACAGGCAGUUUGCAGUGAAGAUUGCAGACGCAUUUGCUGCCAGGCGGUGUGCGGAGGAGCAAGAGGCCAAAAGGAGGAGAGACUACGUCAAGAGGCAGACCAAAUUACCUUGGGGGUUCGAAGCGAAAGAACGGUGGCAGAUGAAGGGCAAUAUGUGACCGUGAGCAUGAUGGAUCCAGGUUGUGGCAACGUUUGCUGUUAGCAUGAACAGGCAAGCACAUGGCUCCCAACUCCGCGCCCUGCUAAGCAUGGGCACUGGAGGAAGCAGUGCCGCUGCAGUGCACAAGGAGGCAUGCCACAAGUCGUCUGCUACGUGGCCACAGAGCAGAGACUCGCUACUGUGCCCAUAUGGCUGAUCAGCCUCUGGCAGUAAAUGUGCUGUUGACCACAACUAUGCCACCACUAUGGAGGACUUUGUGGUGGUUGUAAAAACAUUCAUCUCUUUAGCAGCUAGUCGUGCUUGGGCAGAACGCGCUCCACUGGUGCCUACACUUACAGUGGACAUGUACUGCGACAAUAAACCAAAAGCAACGGAUGUCAUGCUUGCUCUGUGCUACCUUGAAGGGACACCAAAAGUAAAUUCAAUAUCGAGUGACAAAU